AUAAAUGCGGCCUUUUUCUAGCCAAGCGUGAGAAGUGGCUAGGAUUCUUCAAAAUUGUACAUCAUUUUAUUAUGCAGAGAUAAUUAAUUAAAAUAAUAAAACGAUUUAAAAUUCUGGAUAUUCAGAAGGAAUUCUGGACUAAAUAUUUGAAGCUUUUGAAGGCAUUCUUCGAGGAUUCCCUACAAAAUGAAGAGCCUGAGGAUAUUUUCGCAAUUGCGAAGGCCCUACUCUAACUUCCAACCAGGAUCCCUGGCAUCCAGAGUAAAAAGAGUUGAAGAAGAGCCCAAGCCUUUGACAGAAAAGGAGAUUAAUGAAAAGAAGAGAAAUGGUAUGUUUAACGCAGAACAGAAAAGGCAAGAAGCAAAAAUUGGAAGAAUUGAGAAAAUUGAAGUCCAAUAUAAAGGAUUGCCUGAAGAAACUACUCUUCUGAUGAAUAAAUGCUUGUCUACACCAUAUGAUUGUGCCAAACAUAUGUCUGAAACCAUUGUUGGCCUUUCUGCAUUAGCUCGAGUGAAUGGUCAAUUGUGGGACAUGCACCGUCCGUUUGAAGGUGACUGCGAACUUGAGUUUUUGACAAUGAAGGACGCAGACCCUUAUCAUGCCAACAAAGCAUUCUGGAGAAGCUGCUCCGUUAUCCUUGGUGCGGUCGCUCAAAAUGCAUUUAAGGAUCGAUUCGGAGUCAAUAUUCACAGUUUCCCUUCUCCCAAUGUGAAAACAGGAAGCUUCAUUUAUGACGUGCAACUUGAUAUGCCUGAAUGGCAUCCAACACAUGAUGAACUGAAGGUGCUUUCAGCACAGUUUGUUAACAUGGCCAGGGAGGAGCUAAAAUUCGAAAGACUUGUUGUUGAUGCAGAAUUCGCAGAGGAAAUAUUUUUUGACAAUCCUCACAAGCUCGAGCAAAUUCCCCAAAUAGCUACGCAACUUUCAGAUGAUAACAAGAUUACCCUGUAUAGGAUAGGAAACCACGUGGACAUAAGCAGGGGUCCCAUGGUUGGAGACACGGGCUUUGUUGGCAGGGCUACUGUCACCGCCGUCCAUAAAUUAGAUUCUGAAAUUAAGAACCUGUACCGGUUCCAAGGGGUGGCCUUGCCCAAAGGAUUCAUUUUCAACCAUUUUGCAUACGGAAUAUUGGAAAGCCGAGCUGCUAAGCUGAAUAAAUCUUGGAUUCCUGGCACACACGAGUAGGAAGGAAAUGUUUGUAAUAAUUUUUGUAGAUUAAUAAAGUAUUAUAGAAGAUUGAGAAUGAGA